AUGUCAGGGGCAGACGUGAGGCUUGUGGCUGGUUUGUGGGUAGAAGUUGUGGUGGUCUGCUGUGAGGGUGGAGAGCAUGAAACUGAGCUCCUUGAAGACAGCUUGGUUGUUCCUAGAUUCCCUCUCUCUUCCAAGUUCGCUUCAAGUGAAGAUGAAUUUGUUGAUUCAGAUGACCAUGCAAACAGCCGUCCGCGUAGCAGACCUGCACUUCAAAAUCCACCUGUGACGGACUCCAAUCCGCUGGCAGCUCCAGCUGUAACCGUGAAGCAAGAGUUUAGACGGCGGCAUACACCACUUGGAUGGCUCAAUAAAAUGGACCCUCUUGAGCCAGUGCUUUUGUUCACAAAGCCUCUGGUUCCAGAAAAGUUGGCAGCUGCAGGCAUUGUACCACCAGCAGAUUCGUCAAUGAAGAACGAUACAUCAAUGCCACCAUAUAGAUUUCAUGGAAGAAUUGGCCGGGGUGGGCGUAUUGUAUUUGAUAGAUGGAACCCAAUUGAUCUUGGUAACUCUUUUUAUAUACCGCCAAGACCGAGGCCUUCAACAUACAAUUGA